AUGCGUUGGCAACUAUUAAUGUUGACCGUCGGCACCGGCGCAAUUUUGUGCGUCGCUGGUGAUGGCGAACGAGAAACUCAGAAUUCAGCAGAGACCACUACAUUUGAUUUAUCUGAUGAUUACUUAGAUGAUCUAAUACAGAGUCUGGGGCAGUGCACGUACGACUACAUCGAAUACAACGGAAGAAAGGCUGCGAUAGGAUGUACGGCCACCUGUGGACAAGCCGAAACUUCACCUCAAGCUCGUGAUGAUUCGGAUGAGUCCGAAGAAAACACCCUCGAACUUUCAGAUAAACUUUGCGUUCUCGUUACAGAAAAAACUACUUGCGAGAACGGAUCGGUUAUCCUAGAAGGCUACAUGGGAACCUGCACGGAUGGAGUAUGCAACGCAAAUCAAACGGGCCCUCCUAUUACUAUCCUUGGCAGUGAAGAGACCCAGAGCGUAGAUUUCACUGGAGAAGAGGACGAACAAGAAAGUAAAUAA